AUGUCGAGCGAAUCGCCAUUACCCCAGCCGGUCAAGAACGUCGUUGUUGAUACAGCUUCCCUCCCUGCUUCAUCAUCCGCGUCAGUCUGGGACCGUAUCUCGAAAUGGGUGUCCGAAAAUAAGGCGCUGGUCUAUACCAUUGCUGGUGUUGCCGUGGUCGUGACCAGCGCAGGUGUUGUAUACUACCUCUCCGACUCCGGCCGGACCGUCCCAGCACCGGCACCCACAGAAAAGAAGAAGAGCAAGAACCAGCGUCGCAAGGAGAAGAAGAAGGCGGAGGAGGAAAAGAAAGCAAAGGCCGCUACCGUUCAAGAGGAACAAGUUCCCAAGAAGGCCGAGGAGGCUUCGGAAGAGCUGCCUGAAGUCGACGAGACGACUGUUGAUCAGUUGUCGGAUGAGACCCGGAAAGCUUAUGCUGCCAAGCUCAAGGCCGCUGGAAACAAGGCUUAUGGCUCCAAGGAUUACAACAGGGCUAUCGACCUCUACGGAAAGGCGAUCAUUUGUAAACCCGACCCUGUCUUUUACUCGAACCGCGCUGCCUGCUACAAUGUCCUUUCGGAGUGGGAAAAGGUCGUUGAGGACACUAGCGCUGCGCUGGCAAUGGACAGCGAGUACGUCAAGGCCUUGAAUAGGAGAGCUAUUGCGUACGAACAUCUCGAGAAGUACAGCGAGGCCCUUCUCGACUUCACCGCCAGCUGCAUCAUCGACGGAUUCUCCAAUGAUGUCAGCCGCAACGCGCUGGAAAGACUCCUAAAGAAGGUUGCAGAGAGGAAAGCAAAGGCUAUCUUGGAAGCCAAGGGCCGCAAACUCCCUAGCCCUACCUUCGUUUCCAAUUACCUCCAGAGUUUCCGCCCCCAGCCUCUUCCCGAAGGUCUUGAAGAGUCAGCAGAUCUCAGUGAGGAGUCUGGCAAAGGUCAGCUGCGCAAGGGUCUGGUCGCCAUGACCAAGAAGACCGGAGACGGCUACGAAGAAGCUGCUGGUGCUUUCGAGAAGGCCUUGGAACUCGGUGAUCUGGGUGAAUACGAAGCGUUGGCACUCAACAUGAGAGCCACCUUCACCUACCUCGAGGGCAACGCUCAGUCGGCCCUGGCUGAUCUUAACAAGAGUAUUGAAUUGCAGCCAUCGUUGGUUCAGAGCUAUAUCAAGCGCGCCAGCUUACACCUCGAGCUUGGCAACAAGGACGCCGCAGCCGACGAUUUUGAGCUCGCCAUCACCCACAACAAGGACGAUCCCGAUAUCUAUUACCACCGCGCCCAGCUUCACUUCAUUCUUGGAGAAUUCGCCGAAGCCGCCAAGGACUAUCAGAAGUCGAUCGACCUCGACCGCACCUUUAUCUUCUCCCAUAUUCAGUUGGGUGUGACGCAGUACAAGAUGGGCUCUGUUGCCUCAGCCAUGGCUACAUUCCGUCGGUCCGUGAAGAAUUUUGAGGACGUACCGGAUGUCUACAACUACUAUGGCGAGCUUCUUUUAGACCAGCAGAAUUUCUCCGAGGCCAUUGAGAAGUUCGACAAGGCCGUGGAGAUGGAGAAGCAGAGCAAGCCAAUGGGAAUCAAUGUCCUACCCCUGAUCAACAAGGCCCUUGCGCUGUUCCAGUGGAAGCAUGACUUCCAGGAAGCCGAGAACCUUUGCCAGAAGGCUCUAAUCAUCGACCCCGAGUGUGAUAUUGCUGUGGGAACCAUGGCCCAACUCCUUCUUCAACAGGGUAAGGUUUCGCAGGCGCUCAAGUACUUCGAACGGGCCGCAGAGCUGGCUCGUACGGAGGCGGAGAUCGUCAACGCCAUCUCGUAUGCCGAGGCCACUCGGACACAGUUGGAAGUCCAGGAGAGGUACCCUCAGCUGGCAGCGCGUCUGCAGUCCAUGGGUGCUGGCUUGGGCGGACCUCCUGGUCUGUGA